CGCCGCCGCUGCCGUUACUACUUAAAGGUUACCGCCGCCGCCGCCGCUUUUUGGCUCCGACCGCGUCGACUUCCCUGCAGCUUUGGGAUUCCGGGGGGCAGGGCGAGAAGUGGCUCCCUUCCAAAGUCUCGAUGGACUUGCGGUGGAGCGUCAUCGUCUGAGCGCUGCCGCCACCGCUGGUGCAGAGAGGCCGGCUUCUGCUCCCCUUUCCUUCCUGCAGGAUCCAGGGCUUGGUGGACCUCGGCCGGGAGCAGCGAUGGGCAGCCGGCACCUGGAAGGAGGGAGAUUCAACGGCUCUUUCCCGUCGCCUUAAGCGGCGGGCACUUCUCACGCUUCCUCGGCCACUUCCUCGCUCAGCAUCCCCAGACGCCUCGCCCGUCCGGCUUUAGCUUGGCCGUUGCGUGCAAGAGUUGAUCGUCCCGCACUUUUUCUUCUCCCCGCAAUUCACUUACUCGGGAAUCGGUGGCUCCGCGACCUCUGAAAGUUUGCGCGCUCCCGGAUCUCGGCCGGCGGCUUGGCUGCGAAGCGGAAACUCUCCGGAAAGGACGGAGGAACGGCCGAGUCGUCUCCUGGGAUGGUGAGGUAUUAACCUGGUGCAGAGGAGUCCCCUGCGCCGGAUCGAACCUUUUCCAGGAGAACCUCGGCAAGCGAUGGAAGGUAGGAAGGACGGGAAGUUCUCUUGAGCGGCGACUUGUAGGCGAGUGAAUGGGAGCAGGAAAGCGCCCCCCCCCGAGAAUCUGACAGGAUGCCCUCCAUGGUAGGAGGAAUGUGCUAGGACCUUCUGAGCUACCUCGAUCGAUUUGAUUGCCGUUGGAAGAGUUUGCCUGUGAUGUGGCCCUGUUGGCAGGACUGGUCCCAGUCCUUUCUCCAGCAUAGCAACAUGAAAGUGUUCCGCAGGAAGGCUCUGGUGCUCUGCUUGGGCUACGUGCUGCUGCUCCUGCUUACCAUGCUCAACUUGCUGGACUACAAGUGGCACAAGGGGCCGCAGCAGUGUAGUGGCUCCUCACCCGCCCGGGGCGUAUCCUAUCCGCAGCAGCUGCCUUAUUACGCCUCUCAGUCCAGGUCGGACACACGGGCCCUCUACGGGCCUCCUGUGCCCUUGGCCCGCAAGCGGCAGCUGGUCUAUGUUUUCACCACUUGGCGUUCAGGGUCCUCCUUCUUUGGGGAGCUCUUCAACCAGAACCCGGAGGUCUUCUUCCUUUAUGAGCCUGUGUGGCAUGUGUGGCAGAAGCUGUACCCCGGAGAUGCUGUUUCCCUGCAAGGUGCAGCACGUGAUAUGUUGAGUUCCCUCUUCCGCUGUGACUUCUCUGUCUACCAGCUGUACAGCUCUGCGGGGACAGGGAAAAAUCUCACCACCUUGGGCAUCUUUGGCGCGUCCACCAACAAGGUAAUCUGCUCCUCACCCCUCUGCCCAGCUUACCACAAGCAAACCGUGGGCAUGGUGGAUGAAAAGUUGUGUAAGAAGUGCCCACCACGACAGCUCAGUCUUUUGCAGGAGGAAUGCCUCAGGUACCACACUUUAGUCAUCAAAGGUGUGCGGGUCUUUGACAUUGCAGUUUUAGCACCACUCAUCCAAGACCCUUUUCUGGGUCUCAAAGUUAUCCACCUGGUCAGGGACCCCCGGGCUGUGGUUAAUUCCAGGAUAAAAUCCCGCCAUGGGCUCAUCCGCGAGAGCUUACAAGUGGUGAGGAGCAGGGACCCUCGCAUCCAUCGAAUGCCAUUUCUAGAUGCAGGCCACAAGCUGAACAAGAAGGAAGGAGGUGGUGGUUCAGAUUACCAUGCCUUGGGAGCUAUGGAAGUCAUCUGUGGCAGCAUGACAAAGAAUCUGCAAAUGGCUUUGCACCCACCGGAUUGGCUGAAGGGGAAUUAUAUGGCUGUCCGGUAUGAGGACCUGGUGGUGGACCCCAUCAAGACUUUGCGACAGAUCUAUGGGUUUCUCAAUUUAGUGGUCAGUCCAGAGAUGGAAAAGUUUGCUCUCAAUAUGACAAGCGGACCUGGCUAUUCUUCCAAACCUUUUGUGGUCUCUGCCAGGAAUGCUAGCCAGGCAGUUAAUGCCUGGAGGACUGCAUUGAGCUUUCAACAGAUCAAGCAAGUGGAAGAGUUUUGCCACCAGCCUAUGUCUAUCUUAGGCUAUGAGAAAGUCAGUAGCCCUGAAGAAGUAAAAGACCUUAGCAAAACCUUGCUUAGAAAGCCAAGAUUGUGAAAAGGAUGUGUGCCUUUUGACACAUAAGGAAGUACAGAGAAAGAGCCAUUUACAACCUUCCACUUAAUGAGACAGAGAAAACAAAAUACAGUUUUUUCUUCAAAGAUACAUUUUACUUCUCUAGAGAGCAUUGAGAAUGACAUACAUUCACAUUUUACAUUGCUCAGCUGAUAUAAUUUAAACACACACAAUGACUAAGUAUUUGUAAGACUUUAUUUCCCCACUCCAGAAAUUCAAGGCACAUGAUUCAGUACAUACCAGAAUCUUUAUAUACUUGUUGUGAUAGUAAUCAUGAGAGCUUUGCACAUUUGUGGUGAGGGUUGGGUGGCAUCUGAGAUAAGGGACUAAUCAGUAAAACAAGAUUCAGAGGACUGAACUUUUGUAUAAAUG